CCAACUUCACGCCCUCAUCCCCUCGACCAUCCCCCAUCCCUUUCCCCCCUGCAACUCCCUUCGCAUCACGUCUUUCCCCGUCCCCCUUGUCGUCGCUCACGAAAUCUAACAAAUGGCAACACAUGGCCCCAUCAAUGGCGUUCGCAUCUCCCCCGUCGAUGAUCCCCAUAGGGUCGUUAAGGUCGUCGCAUCUGACGGGAGGACGGGGGAGCAGAAAGACAUAUCCUACACCAAUUGCAAAGUUAUAGGGAACGGUUCCUUUGGCGUCGUUUUCCAAGCACGCAUGCUCAACGUACCGAAAGACUAUGAGGAUAUUGCUAUAAAGAAGGUGCUUCAGGACAAGCGUUUCAAGAACCGAGAGCUACAAAUUAUGCGUCUCGUUUCCCACCCCAACGUUGUUGAACUCAGAGCAUUCUUCUACUCCAAUGGGGACAAGAAGGAGGAAGUCUACCUCAAUCUGGUUCAAGAAUAUGUUCCCGAGACGGUGUACCGCGCGUCGCGUCACUAUGUGAAGCUCAAGCAGCAAAUGCCUACUCUUCAAAUCAAGCUGUAUAUGUACCAACUUCUGCGUUCUCUCGCCUACAUCCACUCGGUUGGUAUAUGUCACCGAGAUAUCAAACCUCAGAACUUGCUCCUUAACCCCGCCACUGGUGUUCUCAAGCUGUGCGAUUUUGGUAGUGCCAAGAUACUUGUCGCGGGCGAGCCAAACGUUAGCUACAUUUGCUCACGCUACUACCGCGCACCAGAGUUGAUCUUCGGUGCCACCAACUACUCGACCAACAUUGAUAUAUGGUCGACAGGCUGUGUCAUGGCGGAGCUCAUGCUGGGGCAGCCCCUAUUCCCAGGCGAGAGUGGAAUUGAUCAGCUGGUUGAGAUCAUCAAGGUGCUAGGCACUCCCACCCGGGAGCAAAUCAAGACCAUGAACCCCAACUAUAUGGAACACAAGUUCCCUCAGAUCAAGCCUCAUCCCUUCUCCAAGGUCUUCCGGCCGCGGACUUCACCGGAUGCGAUCGAUCUCGUAUCCCGCCUCCUGGAGUACACCCCGACUGUCAGAUUGUCGGCGGUUGAGGCGAUGUGUCACCCCUUCUUCGACGAGCUUCGGGCAGAGGGAACACGCAUGCCGAACGGCAAACCAUUGCCGGUGCUGUUCAACUUCACCAGAGAAGAGUUGUCGAUCCGACCCGAUCUCAAUCGGACGCUCGUCCCCCCACAUGCCGAGCCGGAGCUGCGUGCGCACGGCAUCAACUUAGAUACUUUCGUGCCUAUACCUCUCGAGCAACUGCGUAUCACGCUCGACUAGGAAAGGCCUGUAUUUUUCAUCUCGAGCGGACUCCAUCCACCGCCUCAUGUUCUCUUCUUGUUUUUCUCACGACCACCGCAACUCAUCCUCCUCUAUGUGAUCCAUCGGUUUUUCUCUGGUCACAAUGCGCAUCACGUCUCAUCUUAUUUUCCACUUCGUUGCACCAUAUUCCUGUGUUAGUCACGCUUACUCUUCCUUCCCCAUUCUCCUUAUGUCCGUUCACCCCUUGCUGUGGAAAGCACCGUUCUAAAGAAGUGCUGCUCGUACCAUGUAUCCAUGUGACGCAAACUGUUGUUGGAACGAGGUAACCCAAUACAGUAGUAGAUG